GCAUUACUGUCUGAGAAUUUGGAGGAAUUGCAUUUUUAUAGUGUUAAAGCGCAGUGGAUUUUCCUUUCCGAACUAACAUUCAUGCAUCUCUUUAACACCUCUUGAGCAGACUCGGGGUGUUCGACUUAUUGAUUGGUCUUGUGUGGCUGUAAUGACAGUUCGCGUGUAGAACAGUCAUCAAGAUGGGCUCCAACGCUACAGUUGUGGACCCUAUCGAAGAGACAUGGACAAAGACGGACGAGCAGUUCAUCAGCGAGUACUUGAAGCCAAGCAAUGAUCAUGAUUGGAGACAAUGGGUCCACAGCAAGACUCAAGAAGAAUGCACGAUCACUCUGGCUCAGGCUGCAAAUAUGAGCCUCCAGGACCUGAAGUCCUGUCUGGCCCUGAUCGAAGAAUCGAGUAAAGCCCAUUACGAGGCAUCUUCUGGUGGCUGGAACCCACGGAAAAAGUUGACGGAGAUGAAGGAGCCUGAGAUGAGGUACAUUGUGGUCAAGAACGCGGCUGGCGACAUUCGUGGGUUCACAUCUCUCAUGCCAACAUACGAAGAGAGGGAGCCGGUCAUUUAUUGCUACGAGAUACAUCUCAAGCCGGAGAUGAGAGGCACUGGGCUGGGAAGACACCUCAUGGGUUUCCAGGAGAGCGUGGCCAAGCAUAUACAGACGGUUGAAAAGGUUAUGUUGACAUGUUUUGUGAAGAACACAGAUGCUUUCGAGUUCUACAAAAGGUUGGGGUUCGGCAUUGAUCCGAUAUCCCCGGAACCUAGACAACUACGUCACGGCAAGGAAUUAGCUCCUAAUUAUGUUAUAAUGAGCAAAAAGGUCAAAUGAAAUAUAAUUCUCAUAAACGCGUUGAAUGAGAUCGAUGUUGAUUCAGAUGUACAGAGAGUAUUCUGUAACGUAUCAGAAGGAUGAAGAUAGGAUACCCAAGUAGAUUACCCAUAACACAAGAUGUACUCCUAUACGAAUAGCGCCGCUCUUUAUCUAGC